UGAGUCAUUGGUUAAAUCAAAUGAAAAUUGCCAUUGCUGAUAAAGAACAAUUAGCGACAAACGAAUUAUUGUGUUUAGUUGAUGAAUACGAUUUUUGGAUUUACAGACAUAAAAAUCUCAGUGGAUUGGUUUAUCAAUUGAAAUUGCCCUUAAUUACACAUAUUAUCAAUAUUUUGUCGAGUUCACAGUCCACUUAUAUACGACAAUUUUUUCUAUUAAAGGAUGAAAUAAUUGAUGCUGUUAAAGAAGCUCAAUCGAAUAUAGAUUUUCUGAAAAUUUUAAAGCAACCAUGCAUAGAUCUCUCGGCGAGUUUGACACCAUUGGAAAUUGUUCAACAUUUGCCAAAAAUAAUACAGCUUUUCCGAGUAAUUUGGCUCAAUUCACCGUAUUUGAAAUGCAUUGAGAAAAUAAAUCAACUAUUCGAUUUUUUAAGUAAUCAGGUCAUCUUGUGUUGCAUAAGAUUUGUCAAUAUUAAAAAAAUUUUUAAUGGAAAAACACGAAAAAAUAUGAAAAUUCUUAAAGAAUGCAUUGACACAUGUCAAGAGUAUAUAAAAAUAUACGAUCGUAUUGCUGGCGCUCAUGAAAAAGUCACCAACAUCAAAUGGAAACUUAAUAGAGAGCAAAUAUUUAAAAACAUUUUUAUUUUUAUCGAGAGGUGUGAAAAUUUGAUUGAAAUUUGUCAAGCUAUGAUAGACUUUGGAAGGAUGGACGAAACGGUGACAAUAGGAAAACCAUUUUUCCGCGGUACAAGAGGUCCUGAAUUUGAGGCAACUUGUCAAAAUAUAGAAGAUGAAUUUCUCAAUUAUUUAAAUUCAGUGAAAGAAAUUUCACAUAAAAUUUUAAAUGUACAUCAAGUCACUUGGCACGAUGAUAUGUUUAUUUUUCGAGGUAAAAUGAAGGAUCUUGAAAUUAUGAUUGAAAAUUUACUUAACACAGUGUUCAGUUACAAUGAUACGAUUGAAGAUGGUGUUUAUGCUCUCUAUGGUUUUUAUAAUUAUCUCAAUCGUGAAACUUUGAAACCCAUUUUCGAAAACAAAACCACACGUGUUUGGAGAAUGUUUGAAAAAAGAAUUCUCGACGCAAAAGCAGAAGUGAUUGAAGAAAAGGAGAAAUAUCCGGCAAUGUUGCCCUAUUAUUCGGGAAGAGCGAAAAAUUUACAAAUGAAAAUAGCAAAACUUGUGAGAAUUCGUGAAUUAUUGAAACUUGCCGAUUGGAUGCCAUUUUCUAAUAUAUCUGAUGUGAUAUGUGAAAAAUAUGAUAGUUUAGUGAUGUCACUCAAUGAUAUUAUUAGGAAUCUUUAUAAAAAAUGGAUUAAUUAUAUUGGAGAGAAUCCACAGGAGCGAUUAAAUUGCUUUCUAAUGAGAAGAAAAAAUGAGGAAUUAAAUUUUAAACUCGAAUGCAAUAUGGAUCCGCUUAUUUUAGAAUUAUGUCGCGAUGUUAAUCAUUGGCUCGAUUGGGAUUUUUUAAUUCCAAUUAAUAUACAAAUUGUCACUGAUAAAGUAGAUACUUUACUUUUUGUCUAUGAGAAUGUUGUUUCUGUUGUUUUGGCAUACAAUAAAAUUUUAGAUGUACUCUCCUGUGAAGAACAACUUUUGUUUAAAAAUUUAAUUAAAAUCUUGGAUCGUGAAAUUCAACCUGGAUUAGUAAAGUUAACAUGGAAUUCUGAUUUUAUAGAAACGUAUAUAAAAGACUGUUUUAUCCACACAAGAAAGCUUCAAGAAACAAUUGAUACGUACAAAACUUGCAAUUUUCAAAUAAUGAAAAUUUGCGAAAAUAUUUGCGAUAUUUCAUUGAUUCGAAUACGACCAAAUUAUUCCUAUGCCUUGCCGGAUUUGAUACAAGAUAUUAUGGAGUCAAGAUUUUACUUUAUUGAAUUUGUAAUUUGUCUAUCAACAGAGGUGGCCUUUUGUUUUACGCAGAUUCAAAAUUAUUUGAAAACUUGGGAACAAUUCCGAGAAUUGUGGGAAAUUAACAAGGAAUCAUUUAUUGAAAGAUACGAAAAAUUGAAUCCAACAGUAGCAUAUUUUGAUUCGGAUAUCGGACAAUAUACAGAAUUAGCUAAUAAUGUUCAACAACAAGAUACAAUGGUCACAGUUCAUUUUGUAAUUAUUAAUUGUGAGAAACUAAAAUUAUCUGUUAUUGAUCAAUGUUUUAUAUGGCAAAAAAAAUUUAUUCAAUUAUUAUUGAGAAUUGCAGAGGAAAAAAUUAAUAGUAUCUAUAAAUAUGUCUCUGAAAAUAGUAAAAAAAUACAAAAAAUGCCAACAGAUCUUGUAACAAUGCAAGCAAGUAUGAAAUUUUUUCAAAAACUUAAGGAUGAAAUUCCCAAAAAAGAGGAUGAAUUUUCUGAAAUUCGUGAGCAAUACCAAACAUUAGAAAAAUACGAGGUACAAAUGACUUUGGAAUAUAAGAGACGAGUCAGAGAUCUAGAAACAAUGUGGUCUGAAUAUUUGGAAUUAUUGUCAACAUGUGAAAUUGCUUUAUUGGAGAAAAAGGAUGAAUUUAAAAACAAAUUGUUGCAAGAAGCUGUUUUUCUUAAAGCUCAAAUUAUAAAAUUAGUUACAAGAUUUUAUGACGAGGGACCUUUUACUUCCGAAUGGAUUACUAAAGGUGCUAUUCAAUGGCUUGUAAAAUUUCGCAAAGAAAUGUCAGAAUUGGCAACGAGGGAAAAAAUUUUAAGAGCAAAUUUGUCCAUAUUUGCUAUUAGCCACCCUGAUUCAGUAGAAUUUGCUAAAUUGGACAAGGAUGUUACUGCCAUUGAGCUUGUGUGGAGUCUAACAAAUGAUUGGGACGAAAGUUGGGAGCGUUAUAAAACAGGAAAUUUCUGGAGUAUCGACUUAGAUGACAUGAGUGAAACUGGAAAUAUUCUUUUUAGAAAACUCACAAGACUGUCCAGAGAAUUAAAAGAGAAAAAUUGGGAAAUUGUUGAUACCUCAAGAUCACGAGUUGACAAAUUUCGAAGAACACUUCCGUUAAUUACAGAUCUAAAAAAUACAGCGAUAAGAGAACGUCAUUGGACAAAAGUAAAGGAAUUAGUGCAACGUGAUUUUAAUCAAAAUUCUGAAGAAUUCACAUUAGAUGCAAUAGCGGAAAUGCAAAUGCAUCUUGUAGCUGAUGAAAUUGGUGAAAUUUCAAAUGCAGCCACUAUGGAACUCGCCAUAGAAUUGGGGCUAAAAAAUAUUAGCCAAAUUUGGAGUGUGAUGCCGAUAGAAAUGACAGCAUAUAAAGACAAAGGAGUCUAUCGAUUAAAAACAGUAGAUGAAAUUAAUCAAGCUUUAGAGGAACAUCAGGUCCAAUUAUCUGCUAUGAAAUCAACCAAAUUUGUUGAGCCGUUUGCUGAUCAAGUUGACUAUUGGGAACGAGCUUUAUCAACAGUUGAUGAAGUUUUAGAAAAUGUUUUAUUGGUUCAAAGGGGAUAUGUUUAUUUAGAUAAUAUCUUAAAUGCGGAAGAUAUCAGAAAGCAACUUCCAAAAGAAACUGACGAUUUUAGUAAAGUAACAGACGCAUGGGCUGAAGUAACUUUCAACAUGACUAAAGCUGCUUUCGCCAUUCCUGCAACACAAGAACCAACUAAUUUACUCAAAAUUCUACUUACUCUGAAUAAAGAAUUAGAAACGAUUCAACGAGCGCUUGAGCAAUAUUUGGAAUUAAAACGGCACAUAUUUCCAAGAUUUUACUUUAUCUCCAAUGACGACUUACUUGAAAUUCUUGCGAAUUCAAAGAAACCGGAACUCAUUCAACCGCAUACCAAAAAGCUGUUUGAUAAUAUCAAAUCCUUAAAACUCAUUAAGACUACAACUUUGAAAUACAUAGCCGAAGGAAUGCUUUCCAGCGAAGGUGAAUAUGUUGAAUUUUUAAAGCCUGUUCUUUUAGAGGGACCAGUUGAAAAAUGGUUAUGUGAUAUUGAAAAUGCAAUGAGAAUGUGUUUGAGAGAACUUUUACGUCAAUGUCGAGCAGCCCUUCGAAAAAUGUUAUCGAAACGAGAUAAAUGGGUUAAAGAUUGGCAAAGUCAACCUGGAAUAACUGCAACACAAAUUCAGUGGACCACUGAUUGCACGAGAACCCUUAUGCAUUGCAAAUUGUUAGAUUCGAAAAAACCAUUGAAAAAAUUAAGAAAAAAGCAAAAUCAAGCUCUUGCUAAAUAUUCGGAAGCUAUUCGAGGAAAUUUAAGCAAAUUGCAGAGAUUAAAGUUUAAAGCGAUUGUUGUUAUUGAAAUUCAUGCAAGAGAUGUAAUUGAAAAAAUGUACAAAAUUAACUGCAGAGAUACCUCCGCUUUUGAGUGGUUGUCGCAGUUACGAUUUUAUUGGGAAAAAAAUAUCGAUAAUUGUAUUGUUAGACAGACAAAUACUUCUUUCGUUUAUGGAUAUGAAUACCUUGGCAAUUCAGAACGAUUAGUUAUCACUCCGUUAACUGAUAGAUGUUACAUAACUUUGACCACUGCGCUUCAUUUGAAUCGAGGAGGAAGUCCCAAAGGACCUGCGGGAACUGGUAAAACAGAAACUGUCAAAGAUUUAGGAAAAGCAUUGGGAUUUAAUGUUAUCGUUACAAAUUGUUCCGAAGGAUUAGAUUAUAAAAGUAUGGGACGUCAGUUCUCUGGCUUGGCCCAAACAGGCGCCUGGGGAUGUUUCGAUGAAUUUAAUCGAAUAAACAUCGAGGUAUUGUCGGUAGUGGCACAGCAAAUUCUAUCGAUACUCUCAGCAUUGUCGCAAAAAUUGACGAAAUUCAUAUUCGAAGGAAUGGAAAUUUCACUUGUGAAAACAUGCGGUAUUUUCAUUACCAUGAAUCCUGGUUAUGCUGGACGUACGGAGUUACCCGAUAAUCUAAAAUCCAUGUUUCGUCCAAUAUCAAUGAUGGUCCCUGACAGUAGCAUGAUUGCUGAAAUAAAUCUUUUUGGUGAAGGAUUCCAAAAUACUCGUUCUCUUGCCAGAAAGGUGUUUACACUUUAUAAUUUGGCAAAACAACAGCUUAGUAUUCAGCAUCAUUAUGAUUUUGGUCUUCGUGGUAUUGUGACAUUGACAAGGUACGCUGGAAAGAAACGACGUCUCUAUCCGGAUUUACCUGAAGAAGAGGUGAUUAUUCUUGCAAUGAAGGACAUGAAUAUAGCAAAACUAACAUCGGACGAUUUGCCUCUUUUUAUUGCCAUCACUUCUGAUCUAUUUCCUGGAGUGAAUGUUCCUACAAUCGAUUAUGAGGAGAUGAAUAUAUAUAUCGUUCAAGAAUCUAUUAAAUUAAAGUUGCAACCAAUACCGUUGAUUUUGCGAAAGACAAUUGAACUGUUUGAGACGAAAAAUUCCCGACAUUCAACAAUGAUUGUGGGAAAAUCGAAUACAGCAAAAUCUGCUACGUGGACGAUAUUAAAAAACACUCUGACUUCAUUAAACAAAGAUGGAAAGCAGGGUUUUAAUUCUGUCUACGAAUUUCCAAUAAAUCCAAAAGCUUUAAAUUUAGGAGAAUUAUAUGGAGAGUAUAAUUUGUCGACUGGUGAAUGGCAUGAUGGAGUAAUUUCUUCAAUAAUGCGAAAUACAUGUGCUGAUGACUCUCCCGAUGAGAAAUGGAUUCUUUUCGAUGGACCCGUUGAUGCUGUUUGGAUUGAAAAUAUGAAUAGUGUAAUGGACGACAAUAAAUUAUUAACGUUAAUUAACAACGAUCGAAUCGGAAUGCCGGAACAAGUUAGCUUACUGUUCGAAGUAGAAGAUUUGUCUGUAGCUUCUCCAGCAACAGUCUCCAGAGCUGGAAUGGUUUAUAAUGAUUACAAAGAUUUAGGAUGGCGACCCUAUGUUAAAUCAUGGCUGCAAAAUUAUGAGAAAAAACCGGAAUUUAUUCAAGAGAUGAACGAAUUAUUUGAACGAUAUGUGGAUAAAAUUCUGGAAUUUAAACGAUUGAAUUGUGAGGAAAUUGUACAAGUUCCCGAAUUAAAUGCAGUUCAAUCACUUUGCAAAUUAUUACAAGUUCUGGCAAUUCAAAAAAAUGGCAUUAUAUUUCGCGAUGAUCCUGACGAUUAUAGUAACAUGAUUUGGUCACUAUGUGCAUCAGUGAACGAAGAGGGUCGUCAAAAAAUGGACAAUUUCAUACGAGAAUUGGAAAGCAGCUUUCCUAUUAAAGAUACAAUCUAUGAAUAUUACGUGGAUGUGCGACAAAAAAGCUUUGUCUCAUGGGAGGAAAAAUUAUCUGCCUCUUGGAAAAUUCCAGCAGGAAUUCCAUUUUAUAAAAUUGUUGUCCCAACGGUCGACACAAUAAGAUACGAAUAUCUUGUUAGUGUUUUGAUGGGUCAUGAAUUUCCAGUACUUUUGGUUGGUCCGGUGGGAACUGGAAAAACUUCCACGGCACAAUCUGUUUUCGAAUCUUUAGAUCGUAUGAAAUAUAGUAUUUUGGUUAUAAACAUGUCGGCUCAAACUACAUCAAAAAAUAUUCAGGAAGCUAUUGAAAGUAGAGUGGAGAAACGUACGAAAGGAGUUUUCGUUCCAAUUGGAGGAAAAAAUAUGAUAACAUUUAUAGAUGAUUUUAAUAUGUCAAUGAAAGAAAUUUAUGGAUCUCAACCACCGUUAGAAUUGAUACGUCAGUGGCUAGGAUAUGGAUUUUGGUAUGAUCGGCAGAAUCAAACGAGAAAAUAUGUUCAAAAAAUGCAAUUAAUUGCUGCAAUGGGUCCACCAGGUGGAGGAAGAAAUACAAUUACAGAAAGACUUCUUACGAGGUUUAACGUUAUUAACAUGACUUUUCCUGUGGAAAAACAAAUUAGCCGAAUUUACGGCACAAUGCUUAAUCAACAACUUUUUGACUUUCAUCCAGAAGUUAAAGGAAUUUCGAACGAAAUAACAUUGGCGACGAUCGAAAUGUACAAUCGAGUGAUUUUGAAAAUGUUACCAACUCCUGCGAAAAUGCAUUAUUUAUUUAAUUUAAGGGACAUUUCCAAGAUAUUUCAAGGAUUAUUAAGAAGCCAUAAAGAUUAUCAGUACUCGAAAUCGACAUUUUUGAGACUCUGGAUUCACGAGUCAUUUAGAAUUUUUAGCGAUCGACUCACAGACGAGAGAGAUAGAGAAUGGUUUGUUGGUCUAUUAAACGAGCAACUUGGAAAACAUUUUGAAUUAAUUUUCCAUAAUUUGUGCCCGGAAAAGAGAAGUCCUGUUUUUGGAAGUUUCAUGAAUGCCUGGAAUAUUUAUGAGGAUCUUACUGACUUGAGUGCUGUUCGUCGUUAUAUAGAAUUGCAAAUUGAUGAAUAUAACGCUUCACCGGGGGUUGUUCGUCUUGAUCUCACACUUUUCAGAGAUGCAAUUGAACAUAUAUGUCGCAUUGUUCGAGUAAUUUCACAGCCAAGAGGAAAUAUGUUACUGGUCGGCAUUGGCGGAAGUGGAAGACAAUCUCUUUCCCGUGUUGCUGGUUAUAUGUGUGAAUUGAACACAUUCCAAAUAGAAGUGACGAAGAAUUAUGGCGUUCCGGAAUUUCGAGAAGAUCUCAAAGUUUUGUUCACAAAGGCCGGUGUUGAUAAUAAGCCAACGAAUUUUUUGUUUAAUGACACACAAAUUGCGGAAGAGCAAUUUUUAGAAAUUAUAAAUAAUAUGUUGAGCACUGGAGAAGUUGCUAAUUUAUACAAGAGCGAUGAGUUCGAUGAUAUAAAAAUUAAAUUAACGAAAGAUGCUGGCAAAGCUGGAAUUAUGCCAACUUCAGAAGCAAUUUAUAAUUUUCUGAUAGAGAGAAUUCGAGCGAAUUUGCAUAUUAUAUUGUGCAUGAGUCCAAUAGGUGAUGCUUUUCGAAAUCGAAUUCGACAAUAUCCGUCUCUUAUUAAUUGCACUACGAUUGAUUGGUUUCUUGAGUGGCCUAGAGAAGCGUUAUUGGAAGUGGGCAAUAAAUUUCUUAUGGAUUUAAAUUUGAUUGUCACUAUUACUGGAGAAAACAAAAUUGAACCAAGGAAAUCGGCGACAGCAAUUCCGUUGGCUCCACUUCAAGAAAGAAUGCUCGAAGGAAUUUCAUCGACAUUUUCCCUUAUUCACGACUCUGUUUUACAAAUGUCGAAAAAAAUGGCACUAGAACUAAAACGAUUUAAUUAUGUGACACCAACAAAUUUUUUGGAACUCGUUGCUGGUUAUAAGAGAAUGUUGUUUGAAAAGAGACGAGAAUUGGAGAAUGAAGCGAAUAAAUUACGUGGUGGUCUUUCAAAAAUUGAUGACACUAAAGAGAAAGUAAACGAAAUGGCAAUUGAACUUGAAGCGACACAAUUGCAAGUGCAAAAAUCAACGAAAGAAUGCGAAGAAUUUUUAGCAACUAUUUUAAUUCAACAAAAAGAUACGGACGAUACUCAAAGAAUUGUUACUGCAAAAUCAAUUAGAAUUGCUGAGGAAUCGAAAGAAUGUAAAAGAUUAGAAGAAAUUGCUCGCGCUGAUUUAGCUACUGUUGAACCUGCAAUUAUUGAAGCUAUAAAGGCUCUUGAUGCAUUGAAUAAAAAAGAUUUAUCAGAAAUCAAAUCUUUUACGCGACCACCACCUAAAGUGGAAAUGGUAAUGGAGGCGAUAAUGGUUUUGAAAAAUUCCGAAAAAUCUUGGGCAGAGGCAAAACGUCAAUUGGGUGACGUUAAUUUUUUAAAUACUUUGAGAGAUUUUGAUAAAGAUCAUAUAUCGGAUAAAAUUUUAAAGACUAUAAGUAGAUACACAAAUAAUCGAGAAUUUGAUCCUGUAAAAGUUGGUGUUGUAUCAAUGGCUGCAAAAUCACUUUGUAUGUGGGUGAUUGCUAUGGAAAAAUAUGGAAAGCUUUAUAGAAUUGUAGCACCAAAAAGAGAAAAAUUAGAAGCGGCCUUGGUGUCUUUAAGAGAAAAGGAAGCAGCCCUGGUAGAAGCUGAAGCUCAAUUACAAAAAUUACGUCAAGAAUUACAAAGAUUGCAAACAAUGUACGAUGCAAAAAUGAAGGAGAAAAGCGAUUUAAUUGAAAUGGAAGAAUUAUUAAAAUUAAAAUUGGAAAGAGCUGCAAUGCUAUUAGAUGGACUAUCUGAAGAACGAAUAAGAUGGGAAAAUACAGUUGAAAAUUUAGGAAAUCUUUUUGAUUUAUUGCCUGGAGAUUGUUUGAUUUGUACUGCAUUUGUCUCUUAUUUGGGACCUUUUGUCUCUAAUUAUCGAGAAGAUCUAACUAAAUUGUGGACCAAUGAAAUCCUUGAGAAGGAAAUUCCAAUAUCUUUCGAUUUGGAUAUUAAACAAUUUUUAAGUAAUCCUACAACAAUCAGAGAAUGGAGAAUUCAAGGAUUGCCGUCUGAUGAUUUUAGUACGGAAAAUGGAAUAAUAGUUACUAGAGGAACACGAUGGCCUUUAGUUACAGAUCCUCAAUGUCAAGCUGUAAAAUGGAUUAAGAAUAUGGAAGAAGACAAUGAUUUAAAAAUAAUUGACUUCGGACAAACUGAUUUUACAAAAGUUUUAGAAUUGGCGAUUCAAUUUGGAAAACCGGUACUUUUGCAAAAUGUUGGCGAAAUUUUAGAUCCAGCAUUGAAUCCAAUUUUGCAAAAAGCUUUUAUUAAAACAGGAAAUGAGAUAAUGAUUAAGUUCAAUGAUAAAAUGAUAACUUUCAAUGAUAAAUUUCGGUUAUUUAUAACCACUAAACUACCAAAUCCACAUUAUGCACCGGAAAUAUCGACCAAAACUACUUUAUGCAAUUUUGCAAUCAAAGAGCAAGGGCUGGAAGCACAACUUUUGGGUAUUGUCGUUAGAAAAGAGAAACCUCAAUUGGAAGAACAAAAAGAUAAUUUAGUUUUGACUAUUGCUGCCGGGAAGCGUACUUUGAAAGAACUUGAGGACAAAAUACUCUAUCUACUGAGUAUCACAACUGGAUCACUUUUAGACGAUUUAGAUUUACUAAAUACGUUGCAGUCUUCAAAAAUGACAUCCGAUACAGUUCAACAAUCAUUAAUGGUCACAGAGGAGACAGAAAAGGAAAUUGAUCUUGCACGUGCAGGAUAUCGUCCUUGCUCGAAAAGAGCGGCUAUUCUCUUUUUUGUUCUAAACGACAUGAGUCUAAUAGAUCCGAUGUACCAAUUUUCUCUUGAGUCAUAUAUCUCUCUUUUCAUGAUUUCAAUUGAAAAGAGUCCCAAACAAAAUGAAAGAAUCAAAGCAUUAAAUGAAUAUCACACUUAUGCUUUAUACAGAAAUACAUGCAGAGGUCUUUUUGAGCAACACAAGCUUCUUUUUUCAUUUCAUAUGUGUAUAAAAAUAUUGGAAGCCGAGGGAAGAAUUGUCCCUGUGGAAUAUGCGUUUUUAUUGAAAGGCGGAAUUGUUCUCGACAAGGAAAAUCAAUUGAACAAAUCCGUGACUUGGCUCUCGGACGAAUCCUGGGAUAAUAUAACAGAACUCGAUAAGUUGUCAGGAUUUCAUGGUGUUGCUGCGUCUUUUGAACAAUUACCCGAAGAAUGGCACAAUUGGUACAUUCAUACAGAACCAGAGACACAGGAAUUACCCGGUGAUUGGGAAACUAGUUGUGAUGAAUUUCAAAAAAUGCUUUUCAUUCGCAGUUGUCGUUCGGAUAGAAUUUCAUUCUGUUUAAUUGCUUUUAUUGGGAAAAAUCUUGGCCAAAAAUUCGUGGAACCUCCUGUAUUGGAUGUGAAGGCAGCACUUGAAGAUUCAGUGGCACAAUCGCCAUUGAUUUUUGUUCUUUCGCCCGGAGUCGAUCCCACUAAUGCACUUUUGCAACUGGCAGACAAUCAAGAUGAGCCCCAACAAAUCAUGACCCUGUCACUUGGCCAAGGUCAAGCGCCAAUCGCUACCAGAAUGAUUGAAACUGGCACAAAAGACGGAAGCUGGGUGUUUCUGGCCAAUUGUCAUUUGUCAUUGAGUUGGAUGCCACAAUUGGAUAAAAUUGUGGAUAAUUUAUCGUCGAAUAAAAAUCUAAAUCCAAAUUUUAGAUUAUGGUUGAGUUCAAGUCCAACUCCACAUUUUCCGAUAUCAAUUCUUCAAGCUGGAAUCAAAAUGACAACUGAACCACCAAAAGGAAUCAGAGCCAAUAUGACGAGACUGUAUGGCUUAAUGACGGAAAAUCAAUUUGAAAUGUGCCAAACAAAAUCAAAAUUCAAAAAACUUCUUUUCACACUCGUCUUCUUUCAUUCGAUUCUUAUCGAGAGGAAAAAAUUUCAACAACUCGGCUGGAAUAUCGUCUAUAGCUUCAAUGACUCUGACUUUGAGGUAUCAGAAAAUCUAUUGGAAGUUUAUCUUGAUGAAUAUCCAGAGACACCGUGGGACUCGUUGAAAUAUUUAAUAGCCGGAAUUUGUUACGGAGGUCACGUGACAGACGAUUGGGAUCGACGUCUAUUGAUGAGCUAUGUCGAACAAUAUUUCACCGACGAAGUCAUAAAUUUGCCAUUUUAUCGUUUAUCAAUUUUGCCAACUUAUUUUGUACCUCGUGACGGACCCUUUGAAUCUUAUCGAGAUUUUAUAUCACUUUUGCCAAACAACGAUCGACCAGAAGCUUUCGGUCAACAUCCAAACGCUGACAUUACAUCUCUUAUUAUUGACAAUAGAGAUAUGUUUGGAACACUCAUGAGUCUUCAUGUUCAAGCAAGUUCCAUCGAAGAUGAAAUCAACAAAGAAGAUAAAGUAAUGCAAAUGGCAUUGGAUAUUUCGAGUAAAUUGCCAAAUUUAAUAGAUUAUGAAUUGACGGAAAAAUUAAUUGGACCGGAAAAGAAGCCAUUGGACGUGGUUUUAUUGCAGGAGAUAACGAGAUACAAUGUUCUUUUAAAGAAGACUAAUUCAAGUUUAGAUGAUCUUAGACGGGGAAUAGAAGGUUUGGUAUUAAUGUCCUCUGAAUUGGAGGAGAUUUUCACGUGUAUUUACGAGGGUCGUGUACCAACUUCCUGGCUGACUGCGUAUCCAUCGUUAAAACUUCUUGGAUCAUGGACCAGAGAUUUAAUAAGUCGUGUUAAACAUUUUUCACAUUGGGCGGAAACGACUCAUCAACCAACGUUAUUUUGGCUUAGUGCCUUUACAUUUCCCACUGGAUUUCUCACUGCUGUUUUGCAAACAUCCGCAAGAUCAUGGAACAUCUCGAUUGAUUCAUUAUCUUGGGAGUUUCAAGUUUUCACCGAGGAUGAUAAUUUGAUCAUUGAACCACCUGAAAAUGGAAUUUACGUGAGAACGAUUUAUCUCGAGGGAGCUGGAUGGGAUAAAGAAAAUGGGACACUCGUGGAACCUGCUCCAAUGUCACUUGUAUGUAACAUGCCUGUAAUUCAUUUUCGACCAGUGGAACAAGUCAAAAAGAAAGUUAAAGGAAUUUAUAAUUGUCCCUGUUAUUAUUAUCCUCAAAGAAGUGGUGAUCAAGGUAGACCUGCAUAUAUUGUAACUGUUGAUUUAAAUUCUGGACCAGAAGGUUCCGAUCAUUGGAUAAAGCGAGGAACUGCUCUUUUAUUAAGUCUCGCAACUUAAUU